GAACCAUCAUCAUCAUUGCCAUAAAAACUGAGGCCCUCAGAUUUCUUUCCUUCUCCCCCGCCUCUUCCCUCUCCCCCCUCCCGCUUUUUAAACCCUGGGCCCUGGAAAAGCCAUGAAUUUUGAAUUUGAGAGGGAGAUCGGGUUUAUAAAUAGCCAGCCUUCGCUCGCAGAGUGCCUGACGUCUCUUCCCGCUGUCCUGGAGACAUUUCAAACUUCAUCAAUCAAGGACUCGACAUUAAUUCCUCCUCCUUUUGAGCAAACCGUCCUCAGCCUGAAUCCUUGUUCCAGCAGCCAGGCAAGACCGAGGAGCCAAAAAAGAGCAUCUCAUGGCCUGCUCCAGCUCCAGCCCCAGCCUCCGGCACAGCCCGGCCCCUUGGCAGCGGAAUUCCCCUGGAUGAAGGAGAAGAAAUCGUCCAAGAAAGCUACCCAGGCUCCAUCUUCUUCGUCCUCUUCUUCCCCCCCAUCAUCUUCCUCGAUGCCGGUCCCUGCCGCAGGAUCUCCUGCAGAUAUCCAGGGGCUGGCAGACACCAGCGGCUCCAGGAGGCUCCGGACCGCGUACACCAACACGCAGCUGCUGGAGCUGGAGAAGGAAUUUCACUUCAACAAAUACCUCUGCAGGCCCCGGCGGGUGGAAAUCGCGGCUCUGCUCGAUCUCACCGAGCGGCAAGUCAAGGUCUGGUUCCAGAACCGCCGGAUGAAGCACAAGAGGCAAACCCAGUACAAAGAAUCCCCCGACGGGGACCUCGCCUACCCCAACCUGGACGAGGGCAGCGAUCCCGCGGAGGAGGCUGAGGAGAGCCCGUCUUUCGGGCCAGCUCCGGAGCCCAGAGGGCCCUACCAAAGCAACAAACCGGGGAACGAAGAGCCCGAGAGCCCCCGCAACAAACCGGGGAACGAAGAGCCCGAGAGCCCCCGGUUCGCGGUGGCCGGGGCGGAGCGGGAGGCUGCGGGGGAGCCCGGCACCGCCGCCGGCCCCUCGGACCCUGCCUACCCCGAGAGCCAGGACUCGCCUUUGUUGCCAGAGCUGAGCAUCUUCUCUGCAGAGUCCUGCCUUCAGCUCUCGGAGGGGCUUUCCCCUAUUCUCCAGGGCUCCCUGGAGAGCCCCGUCCACUUUUCCGAGGAAGAUCUGGACUUUUUUACAAGCGCACUUUGUACUAUAGAUUUACAACAUCUAAAUUUCCAAUAG